CCACCGUCGAUUGGAUAAGGCCAUAAUAGAUUUAAUUCAUGAGGUAUACAGAACACAUCUAAGGAAAAUGCAAUCCAAUAUGCAUGUCUGUGCGGCCCACUGUUGUGAUGAUUAUAACCGUCAACCCAGUAUGGACCAUGUUCAACAUUGCAUAGAAGAAUGUUCGGAACCAUUACUAAAGGCUCAAGAUUACAUGCAGCAUGAAUUGGGAAUGUUUCAAGGACGCUUGCGUAAUUGCUUAGAGAAUUGCAAUAACGACAUUCACUGCCAAAUUCCCAGCAGUACUCAGGUAUCUGACAUUUCCGAGUAUGGCAAAAGAUUUGAACAUUGCGUAGGACAAUGUGUUGAUAAGCAUAUCGAUUUGAUACCCAAAAUGAUGAGAGCCAUGAAAACGGUGUUGGCUAAUGGACCAAAUGUUACAGACAAUGUAUAGAAGUUAGCGGAGACGAUAAUUUCUUAUCAUAAAAUUUUGAUAAAAAAAAAACAUAAAUGUAAAGGCCAAACAACUAAAAU